CAGUCAAGCUGGCGAGCGGCCAUGAAAGCCAUGUUGAAAAACUGAAAACCGACGCGAAAUAUUUAGAACUGGUUGUAAAACAGCAAACAGGCCGCACACAAGAGCCAAACAGGUUUGCCAAACCGUUUCAGAAAAGUUUCGUGCUUUCGGUUUCUUAUGUGCAAUGAAACUUCCCAGAAGCGAUAUGGUGUGAGCUUUCCUAGAAUCGUUCGCCGUCUACUUAUCUGCAGCAACAAUAGAUGCAUCUUCAGGAGAAAGACGAUAAAACACAAUUCAACGAUCGGCGAGGAGACUGCAGACUGAAAAUCAAGAUGGCGGGUGUCCCUGAUGAUGAAUGGGAGACAAAGAUGGCAAAGCUGCUGCUAAAGCAGUUUGAUGGGAGAGCUAAGUUUAACAAACUGAGAACUAUAAUGUACCAAAGGCAGCUCCUAAACAACCAGGGAAAGAAUAAUAUUUAUCUGAAGUUCAAGAACAGCAGAAAGCUACUGGCAUUUAGACAUGAUAAAUUCAUAAAAUAUGUUUCCGUUUUCUGUGACGGUGCGAGCAUUUGUAGUGAUCAGAGGAGCCCCACAUCGGAAACUUGUAUCAAAGAAAACUGUGACAAAUUUCACGUGUGCAAAUUCUUUAUCAGUGGUGUCUGUACAACUGGCUCUGCUUGCUCUUUUGGUCACAACCUUUCAACCCGGGCCAACAAGAGGGCAAGUGAAAGUCUCGGCCUGUCUUCCUUUUCCGCCAAAGAAAUCCACACCAUCCUAUUUCGCAGCCAUCCAGCCGUGUGCGAGAAGUACAACACCAGAGGCUGUGAUGACGAUGACUGUCCAGACCUUCAUGUCUGCUCUGCCUUCCUGCUUGAGAAAUGUACAGCUGGAAACAAAUGCGAUUUAGGACAUUCUUUUCGAUCGACGAGACACAACCAGUGGGUUCUUAACACAUUUAAUCUGAGCCACUUGACAAACAAGCAGUUAAGAGAAUGUAUCUUGGUGACAAAUAUGUCUCAUGGGGUCACCGACAUAGAGGUCAUGCCACAACCAGAAGUGACGUCAUCAACAUCGUCGCCAAGUCCUCUCAUACUUGAUGCUCAGUCCCUACCAGAAGAAGAGACAGAAGAGUACGUUUUCAGUGUCUUCAGCUUUAUUCUGAAGCGCUUCGCUGGGCGAACUAAGUUUCCUACAUUCUUGUCUGAAAGAGGGUCUCUGCUCCAGCGGUUAGGGAAAGCAGACAUCAUCGACUGGUUUCAUGAUUACAGUGACCGAUUCGUCCUGUACGAAAAUAAUCACGAUAUUAAAUAUGUUGCCGUUUACAUGAAAUUUGCUAGGAUUUGUCUUAAUUACUCUCAGCCAGGAACUUUAAUUUGCAACAAUCCAUCUUGUAAGUACUUUCACGUUUGUAGAGGUUUCGUCACUGGUGAUUGUGUCAACAGUGCCAAGUGUUGUCUCAGUCACACUUUCACUUCCGGGCCAAAUUUGAAAACGUGUAGAGAUUUGAACCUCAUGACCUUUACGGACAGUGAGGUCUGCGCGCUCAUUCUUGCCAGCAAUCCCGUCGUCUGUGUAAAUUACAACACAUCAGGCUGUCACAAUAAUGAUUGUCCCGACCUCCAUGUUUGUUCAAAGAAUAUUUUAAACCUGUGUACCAGAGGUGAUGGCUGCCACUUUGGCCACCAAAUAAGGGAUUCGGGACGACACAAUACAUAUGUUUUACAGGCGCUUCAAAUGGUCACGUGGCAAGAGACUAUGUUGCGCAAAAUUGUGAUAGUAAAAAAUAAGCAAGACAAAAGUGUGAAAGGAGCUCGAUACAGUAUGGCGAAGGAACUGUCAUUAGGUGACAUCGCUGCUGCAGCAUCAGCACCAGAAAGUUGUCCAGAUGAAAGGUCAAUGAAAGCUAAAGGUUCACGUGUGUCAACACGAGGUGCUGCAGUGGAAGGGGCAAAGAAAAUUGACAGAGGACCAGCGUUGUCAAACUUAGUAUCUGGUGAAGAUCCGAGCAAGUUUGCAUACAUCUGUGAAGCCUUUGUCUCGAGAGAAACAUGUUCUCGUGGUUCGGACUGUCCACAUUAUCACCACCCUGAUCGUCUGCCAUACCUGUGGCUAAUUCAGACAGACGAUGGUUGGCAUAGCAUCUGUUCUCUUUAUAGUGACCAGCUGGAGACCAGUUAUUGUGACCUCCGUGAUGUUCAAUCAUUACUGCUUGGAACACAAGAUGUGUCCAUAGACUUCGAGGCUAUGCGUGCCCGACUCCAAGGCUCGAAUCAGUCCUCGCCUCUCGCCCGUCUCUCAACACCAUCGUACGUGUUGGCAGCACCAGACACACCCCUCAGCUUCUACACCCAGUGGUUGUGGUAUCGGCGAGAGAGCUAUGGCGUGUAUACCCCGUUUUACCCAGGGGCGCUGCAGUACACUCUGGAGGAGAAGUACCUCAAGGGACAGCACAAGUACUACUUCGAGUUUGACGAGCUUCGCCUGAUGGUGGACACUCACAGGUCACCGAUGACACAAACAAACCUUGACACACAGCGAGCCACACGGAUUGUUCGGCGUCCUCUUUUUACAGUAGAUGUUAAAGCUAACUAUCCACAAAUGUCGUCGUUACUCCUCGACAAGACUCCAACGUCAGUCCUGCACCAGGUGCCUGAACACUGGUCUGUCGUGGACCACUUCCAGGACUUCGAACUCGUGGAGCUGGACUCAGCUAAUCCAGAGUACGCUGCCGUGCAGCGACAGUUUUUCUCGACAAUGAAAACCAGAGAGCACGAGAUUGUGCACAUGUUUCGUGUACAGAACCCUGGGCUUUGGGAUAAAUACUGCAGUGCAAGACGGGCCAUGACUCCUAAAGGGCAGGCACCAAACGAUGUGAAGGAGCGUCAGUUGUUUCACGGAACGCCGACACUUCAGGCGGCCAGGGGCAUCUGUGCCAACAGUUUCGACUUCCGCAGGUCUGGAGAAAAUGUUGGAGCUCGAUGGGGCAAGGGAGCUUACUUCUCCACCACAGCCAAGUUCAGUCACAGCUACACACGUGCUCACACCACAGUCACAGGCGACCCCCUGCGGUUCAUGUUUCUGGGAAGGAUCCUGGUGGGGCAGUACACUCUGGGUCAUCCUUCUUACACUAAGCCACCAGAGCGUGACCGGCUGAAACUGUACGAUUCGUGCGUGAAUGAUGUGUCCAAUCCCACCAUCUUCGUCAUCUUCGACCUGGCACAGAGCUACCCUGAGUAUCUGAUCCAGUACACAGAUGUUUCAGACAGCAGACCACAGCCACAGCUCCGCCCACCAACGUCAUCACCACCACUACGGGCGACCAAGACUGUGACUUCUCCACCUCCUUCUGUCUUAGCGACUAGGGUCCAGAGUUACUCUUCUACAGUUCAAACCCCGAUCAAAUCGCGUGCAGCGCCACCUCCUCCUAGACCUACAACCAAUCCGUCUGCACCUUUAGUACCACGUGCCGUGACGCAGUCUGUCUUGCCACUUUCAUCAACACUUCAGUCAUCGCCAUCGUUACCAGACAUGCGGGUUUCAUCUUCUUUGUCGCCUGGUUCAAGUUCUCCUGUAGCAGAACAGCAGAAAAGUUCAACACUUAUGCGGAAGAAAAAGAACAAGUGUGUUAUUUCUUGAGGCUUCAGUGAGAGGGAGAAAAAAUAUCCACGUAAAACCACAGGCCCAGCUAUACGCUCGAAAUCUUUUCAUAACUGUUGGUAAAUACGGGCAUUUCAACAUAUUAAUAUUAUGCUAUUUCUAGAACAAUUAACGCAGUCACUUUUGUAACACAAAUGAAGACGAUUGUUUUUAUGACCUUACUUUCUGUGCAGUUAUAAAUGAUAGUUUUACAGUUAUAGAUUUUUAUAGCAUAUGUUUAUACAGUUACAGGUUAUAGCAAUACAAUUGACUUGCUUCCUAGUGAAAAUCAGGGUGGGUAACUCCUGCACUACACAAGGAAAUCAGGGGUUUAUCAAUGAAGUAAUUGUUUUGUGACUACAUGAAGAUACAUCAUGUUUGUACAAUAAACUUGAGAGGGAAAGCAAGAAAAACAGGGAUUUCCUUUUGGUUGUUUAGCUUUGUUCUUCCUAGCUAUUUAUGUUCUCUACAGUUUAAAGGCUAAAACAAGAAAUUAUCCCCAUGUUGAUGCUAUUUUUUUCUUUUUUCGCCAUGCACUUUUUAAUACGUGGUACUGAUUCUGUCGCUGACUUGAAUAAUUUACUUUACUCCACACACUUGUGCAUUUAUUAUUUAGUAUGCACAUUCACAUUUAUAGUAUUUCUGUACCACUAACCGUCUAUGCCUGCUUUAUCUCAUGUGACUAGUUUGAACAUCACCAGCCAGCAUGACUUGUCUUGUCCAUAACUAUACUGUCAUCGUUUUGUAUAAUUUACUUUGCCCGUAUUUAUGUAUUGCAGUUAUGUAAUAUAUCUUUUCAUCUGUCUUGAAAGGUCUACGGACUUGAUUUACAAACUGCCUUAAAUACUGAAAUAUCGUUAAGCCUUUGAAAGUAUGCACACUCUUGUAAUAAUUGUUAUAUCAAUUUUUCAUACCUCCAACUAAAGGUUUCGCACUGAA